AUGGGUUUUGGUCGAGCAUUAAUAUGUUCCUUGAUGGUAAUCUUCAGCUAUCGUCAAGUAUUGGUCAAUGGUCAGGAUUUGACCGAUGGGUUUUACUCGGUGGCAUGCCCUCUCGCGGAGUCGAUCGUCCGAGCAACCGUGGCGGCUGCUUUCUUUGUACAACCGAACAUAGCACCGGGGUUGCUAAAAUUGCACUAUAGUGAUUGUUUCGUCGAAGGUUGUGAUGGCUCAGUGCUAAUCUCGGGACCUAACACCGAGAAAACCGCAGCUGCAAACCUCAACCUUGGUGGCUUUGAAGUCAUUGAAGACAUCAAGAGACAGAUUGAGCUCGUGUGCCCUGGUGUUGUCUCAUGUGCCGAUAUUUUAGCUUCAGCCGCUCGUGAUUCCGUUGUUCUCACGAACGGAUCAAGUUGGGACGUAAAAUCAGGACGUAAAGAUGGACGAGUUUCGUUGGCAGCCAACGUUGAUCUUCCGUUUGAAAAUGUCUCCAUCACCUCUCUCCUCAAGUUUUUUGCUGCUCACGGACUUAACACCGAAGAUUUCGUUGCUCUCCUUGGAAGGCACACUAUUGGAACUGCGGCGUGUAAGUUCGUAACUGACACAAUAUCCAUCGACUUGACCAUCGACCCUCUGUUCUUAACGACGCUGCAGACGUCAUGUCCCAUAGAGGAGGACGACGGUUCGAGCCCCGUGACUCUAGACAUGGGGAGCGAACUCGUCUUCGACUCCUCCAUUCUCACUAGCACCCUCAGCGAAAAUGCAGCCCUCAUGACAAACAACAACAAGAACCUUUUUGCCAUUUUGGACGACAUUUUAAAGACGGUGACAAACCUCGCACAGAAACAGAGGUUAAAGAAAGCAUUAGCGACGGUGUCGUUCAACAUGAGUGUAAUCGGUGUGAAAACGGGUGUAUAUGGAGAAAUUCGCAAAAGCUGCUCCAAGGCUAAUUAA